GCAACUUGACUAUUAAAAACAUUGUGCAGGAGGGUAAUGUUUUGAUGUACAAAUAUCUAGUAUAUCUUUGUUAAAAAUGUUGGUUAUAAGAGAAAAACUUGAAAAAAGCCUGGAGUUGUUGCAGAAAUAUGAAUGGUUGUUGAAUGCCUAUGUACUGGACUUUUUCAUAGACGAUCAUUGGGGUACACUUCCAGAGAAUUGGCAAAAGUACUUGGAAAGCGUUCAACUGGAAAACCUUGGAGAGUUGCUACAAAAUGAGAAUACCCAGCUGUCAUUACCAUCGGAUCUGAAGUGCCUGCAACAUGAGCUAAGGAAACUCUGCGUCAGCCGAGUACCAAAGAACCCCCCUGAUAACUCCUUCCCUUGCUUACUUCUGGAUCACCCAAAGCUGAAACACGUAUUCCUAAAACGGGUUAAGCCAAAGAAGCAGCAUGAAAUCAUUCGAAUGGCCGAAAUUUGUGCCCUAAGUCAAAAAAAUACUCCUGUCGACUUUAUUGUGGACUUUGGGGCGGGUGUUGGUCACCUGGCACGUGUUUUGGGCUACGGAUAUGGACUGCGAGUGUGCUGCUAUGAGAUGCAAGCCGAUCUCAAUCAGCAAGCAACCGAAAUUGAUUUGAAGCUGGAGUCCAUGGCUGCAAAACACCUGUCACAGGAUGCGACCAGACAUUUUCAGCGACCAGUGCACCUCACACAUCGUUUGGAGAGCACCACUAAACCAGAGCAGUUCCUAUCUAGCAUUCGGAUGGCCCUCCAACUAACAGACGACAAUUUUCGAUUUGGUGUAAUAGGCCUGCAUCCCUGUGGCAAUCUUGGACCGACACUGAUGCGCAUGUUUGUCGCCUGCCCGCAGGCCAAGUUUCUUAACUUUGUGGGCUGUUGCUACCAAAAAAUGACCACACAGGCAACCCAUCCCAGGGGGCAAGUGCAUGGGUACCCAUUGAGCAGAGUACUCAAAGAUAAAAGCGGGUGCCAACUGAGUUACGAGGCCCGUGAGAUCUCCUGCCACGCCAUCGAGGUGUAUCACGAUCGUCUGCUGAUUGGGGACUACCAACAUCUCCGCAUACACUCCCUAAGAGCCGCAGCAGAACGAAUAAUAGUGCAUCAGUUUCCAGAACUUCGUCACUGUGCGCUGCGAAAUGUAAAGUACUCACCCGGCAUGACGUUUCACGAAUACUUCCAGAAAGCGGUACAGGGUACUCGCUUUGAAGGUCUGGACAGCCGUAUUCUAAAAAAAGAGCAGACGGAAACAGAUUUGGCCAACUGGCAACAAAUAGUUUCAUUUUACACACUUCGAUUAAUGAUGGCUCCGCUGGUGGAGAGUAUUAUUCUUUACGAUCGCUGCCUGUUUCUAAUGGAAAAUGAAUGCCAAGUACAGAUAAAGGCCAUAUUUGACCCGCGCCUGUCGCCUAGAAACCACAUAACCAGCGCCUUGAAGACGUAGAUUAAGUAGGGUAGAAUUACCCUAAUCUGACCAUAUAUCACACAAAAGCGACCCGUCUGAUCCUUAUCGUUUAACGCUUUAAAUGUAACCACAACACAAACUUUUGCUUUUAUGUCUGUUUAUUUUUAUAAAGAUAAGGUUUAUAAACCGUUGAACGUAGAAAA